GCCUGGGUCGGUGCGCUGGCGAUGGGCAUGAUCUUCUUCUGUUCUCCUGUGGUCAGUAUGUUCACCGAUCACUUCGGAUGUCGGAAAACGGCUGUGUGUGGAGCGUUUGUGGCCUUCAUCGGUCUCCUCACCAGCUCCUUCGCCACGACUCUGGGUCUCUGGUACUUCACGUAUGGGAUUCUCUUCGGCUGCGGCUCCUCGUUUGCAUUCCAGCCAUCUCUGGUGAUCCUGGGUCAUUAUUUCCGCCAGCGUCUGGGUUUGGCGAAUGGUGUGGUGACGGCGGGAAGCAGUCUGUUCUCCAUGGGGCUGCCGGUGCUGUUGAAGAAAGUGGUGGAGCCGCUGGGUUUGCCCAGAACCUUUCAGAUCCUCAGUAUCUUCAUGCUGGUGCAGGCGCUGCUGGCCCUGGCCUUCAAACCGCUCCUGCCCAGCGGCAUGUGCCCGAUGCCUGGCAUGGCGCUGGACGGAGGGCCCUCGACUCCAGAGUCGGCCAGCAGGUGGCAGAAGGGACUGGCCAAAGUAAGGAGGUACUUCAACGUGCGGGUGUUCAGCAUUCUGACGUACCGCAUCUGGGCCUUUGGCGUCGCCACUGCUGUGCUCGGAUACUUCGUGCCCUACGUUCACCUGGUGAUCCUGCA